UCAAUAAUCUAUUUGUAACUGUAUUUGCUACAUGGUUGACGUACAUCAAUUUGUAUUUUCUAUUUCAAUUUUAAUUAAUUUCUUGAAUAUAUCACGCUUUAAGUAAUAAAAUAUAUUUCUUGUAUCUUUCAAAACUGUACCAUUAAAAAUGCGGACUAAAAAUCCUAUGGCGAAAAAGCCACAACAAAUAUUGUUUUCCAAGAACACAUACGGUCCAAAAACAAAAGUGGAAAAUUGGGACUUUUCAAUACAUGCAGAACCGAAAGAUAAUUAUGCUUACAGGGAUGGUCUCAGUAACCACGUUAGCACGUACUUGCGCUGGGGUAGCGAAGAUCAGGGGGUGCGCAUGACGGAGACACGACAUAUGCUAGCACAAGUUUUCACAAAAACUGACCCUGUUUAUUCUUUUAAACCCCUAGUCAACUUUACUUCUUACCCAUGUACCGAUACUCCAAGCCGUAACAAGUUAAUGAAGAGCGCCGAUUUGGCACAGUUACAUCCAGAUUUCGGUGUAAUGGAUUACCUGACAUGCCAGCAAGAUGACUACAGAAGUCCUUAUCCAGCUGUUACUAAGCCGCUGACCAUGGCAUCACCUACUUGGUUAUUAAAUCGAGUGAUUCGGUCAGACUUGACCCACAAUCACGGGACCGCACCUCCUCGAGGAGAUUACCAAUGUCUGGACACCCACACACCUAUCGGCCACAUCCGACAAUUGAGAUUAUUCCGUUUCCAGUCGUUUAAUCCUGCCACAUGUCUUCAAGAUUUUCCUACAUUAGAAAAAAGGCUAGAUACUCCAAACAACUAAAUUAAUUCAAACCUUUAUUUACUUAAUUAAAGAAAAUUGUUGAUAGAAAUUUCAACACAAUUUAUCAAACAGAAACAAAGUAAUUAAACUUACUUAUACGAAACAAAAUAUAAUAACAAAUAAAAAACGUAUUGAAACUUUUUCAUAUGGUCUUCAAAUUUUCGUUCAUUUAUAUUGUCUUA